GGGUAACAUUGCUUCAAAAUCUCGCGCAAAAUCAUGGCGAAAUGGACGCAUAAAAAACUCUUUUGUUUUGACAAUUGUUGAUCUAUUGACAUAAUUUUUGAAUUAAUGAAUUAAUUACUGCGAAUCUCGAGCGAAAAUUUGUAUUCGAAGAUCAUAUCUGCAAACUAUUGUGUGCUUCGUUGAUAUUUGUGAACCGAUCCAACCAACGGUGACCCUAUGUCGUAAUACAAUACGUCAUUGUUUUUUUGAAUCGAGUGGUGCUUUCGAAAUGAUUCCCGAAUGGAGAGUGCUAAAAAGGAAGUUAGGUAUUUGAGAGAUGAAGAUUGUUAUUUCAUCAAGAAUGUCAUGAUAGAUAUUCAAGCUUACAUAGAUGUGCUGAAGAAGUCACCCGAUAAGAAUAAAGUCCUGUUAUUGCCACCGGUGAAUAAUUUUCGAAGAUUUCUCGUUCACAAGUUGGUAGAAGAGACAUUCUGCAACGAUAAUUUGUCCACGUUAUCCGUCGGUAAAUUGUACGGCCGUCGAACUGUAAUUUUCCCUUCUAAACUGAUACACAUGGAGAAAAAUGAGAACACCGCUGCUAUAAAAACUCCGGUUUGCGAUGUCAACGAAGAUCCGAAAAAGAAAUCUAUUCCUAUCUAUCGCCCUCCUGCUGUAAGGAAACGUGAAAACGUAGCUAAGAAUAGCAUCUUGAGGAAUCUAGAGAGAAAAAGCAGAAAACCGGACCAGCAGAUUUACGUACCGAGAGCCAAGCGAUUAAAUUGUUCGCAAUCCGAUGAGUGCUCAAUUGUGGAAUCAAUUUUAGAUGAAAAUACGCCCGAUCUUGAAAUGAAAACGAAAUCCGAUGCAGGAUUAUCUGACUGCGAAAGUAAACGAAGUUCGAGUCAAAACGACCACCAAACAAAUACUUCUAAUGAUGUAGAAUUCGUUGCUAUCGUCCAAGAAGAUAAGAAAAUCGAAGAUGUGAUCGAAGUUUCCGAUGGUUCCGAAUACUCUAUGAACACCAAAGUCGAUCGUAAAAUCGAAGAUGUGAUUGAGGUUUCCGAUGGUUCCGAAUACUCUAUGAAUACCAAAGUCGAAAAUGUGAUUGAAAUUUCCGAUGGUUCCGAACACUCUAUCAAUACCAACGUCGAUCGUACUAAUAAGAUUAUUGAUCUUACCACCAAAGUCGAUCGUACUAAUACGAUUGUUGAUCUUACCACCAAAGUCGAUCAUACUAAUAAGAUAAUUGAUCUUACAUUGAAUCGUGAUAAACCUACUAUUGAUGAAGAUAAGUCUGUUAUAUGUACGUCCGUCGAUGGCAAAAAAGUUCCUUUAGUGCAACCUUCGAAAAAUACCUCAUCUGAUCAUCAUAUUACUUUAGCGUCGACCGAGGAAGUUGAAAUUAUUAGUCUGGAUGAUUCAAGUUGUCAGUCUGUUGAUGAUAGUGACGUUAUGUCGAUAAACGACGCUCUUGAACAGAUGGAAGCCGCUGCAGCUACUCUCGAACCAGAAAAAUCCGAUACUAAUUCGAAAAAGACUGAUGAAGCUGCCCAAUCGAGUUCCAAAAAUAAACCCCUAAAUGUUGAUGAUUGUGAUUGGGAAGAAUUAUUUGACGAAAGUGGGGAGUACGUUGAACCGAGUUUAAUCGACGAGUUGAUGACAGCUAUUGGCAACGUAUCGGUACAAAGAGCUACGCAAGAUUAUCGAUCAUUUCAAACCGAAGAAGAGAGAUCGAGCGAUGGCGAAUGCAUCAUUGAAGUGUAUGGAUUCCCUUCGGAAUUUCGAACAGAAAAUUUAUUCGAUGUGUUUACCGCUUAUCGGUCUGAUCGCGGAUUUCAAAUAGUUUGGGUGGAUGAUACACACGCUUUAGCCGUAUUUUCUAGUCCUUUGAUCGCUGAUGAAGUCCUCAACACGCAGUUACCUUUUGUGAAAACAAGACCGCUCAAGAACGCUAUUUCGAAAUCCAAAAUGAAAGCCAGUAAUUUUGCUUUACCUCCGGUUACUCGUCCGAAAACCUGUGCAUCUUUAGCUAGACGACUAGUAUCCGGUCAUCUUGGUAUGAAGAUCGAUGUUACUCCUAAGCAAAGAGAAGCAGAAAGGAAGCUUUUGUCCGAUGCGAGAGAACAAAAACGGUUAAUGGCGAAGCAGAAAUUUGACGCUUGGGAAGGAUCAUCAUCUAGCGGUAAAAUGUGAUAUUUUUUUGCAAACUUCCUUCUUUUUCUAGAAUGCCUUCCAAGUUCUUGGUAUGACACUCCUCCAGCUCUAGAAAUAACAUCCAAUAUAUCCGACAACUUAUGUCAGCAUUAUUGAUGCACAUUGAUCACUAAGCUACAGUAAUAGGAGGACAUUUGAAAAUUGUGAUUAGCUGAUGCAUAGCUGCAAUUAGAAUCGCAAGACUUGAAAAAAAAAAAUUCAAUAAAAUAAUUUUAUUGAUAUUGCCCGCAUGAAGCAAAAGCAAUGCUAAAGUUACGUUACUGUAUCUCAUGGUAUGGUACAUUUAUUUCCAUUAGAAACAUCAAAUUGUUUUGAUGCUACUCAGAAAUUUGAAAAGCUUAAAAAGAUCAAUGUUGGCUUUGAAAGGCUCAAAAGAAUGUGAUUGAGGAUCUUUGUUGUAUCUGUGACUUUUUGAUCUAAACUGAUUUCACAAUACGAGCUGCUGUCUUGGUCAAUUUUUUUUGUAGAUUUUAAUUAAAUAUAACUUUGAUUUAGAGUGUUUGUGACUAUGACCUAAGUUUUUAACAGGAUUCAAAAUAAUUAAAUAUGUAGUUGUGACAGAAAAUCUACUAGAAAACUUGUUUUUGUGAUAUUUUAAUACCUAUACUUCUUAUUUUGUUAUGUUUGAUCUUGUUUUUUGUUUUCUAAUUGUACCAAUGUCGUGUAUGACGAUGCCGGAAUUUAUUGUAAUGUUUUAUAAUUUUUGAUGAUUUUUUUUUGUAUAAUACAUGUUUUUGAGAAGA